CGGCCCCCGCAACUGUGGCUAUUAUUAUGGUCCUCUGUAUUUUUGGCGCUUGACAUAUGUUUCACCGGAUUCGUUUCCGUCUUGUCGCCGAGUGUUUAAAUUACAUGUUUAUAUUAAUCGCAAUUGUAAUAAAAUAUGUAUAACGUACACCGUUUUCGUCAAACGUCAUAUUUUGUCGUCGUCCGCAGUAAAUGAUUCACAUAAACGGUGAAAGUAGUGCGGACUGCGGACGCAUGACACUUAUGUACAUAUCGCUUUCUACGCGGCAAACGUUUUAAUAAUAAUAUUAUUAUUCUAAUUUGCUCUGACUUUGGUCCUGGACAUUCGACGACCAAAAAUAAAUAGUCCGAAAAAACGUUUUUUGGCUUACCCGAGAUCUUAGUUUUACUUUUCGCGAUCUAUUUUAACUACGAUAAUUUAUCAUAACACGCUUUUAUAGCACACGUUUUAUUUUUAGAAUUUUGACUUUGUGUGUUUGCUCACACAGCCAACUCUCUGACCAGAUGUACGGGAUAAUAUAAACAGAUCUUAGCAUAUGUUUAUACAAAAUAAUCAAAUAGUAUUUUGUAAUGAACACGUUAUCGGAUUCUGAUGUCAUUGACAAAUCUCUCCAUGUUCCUGAAACUACCCAAAUGGCUAAUGAUAAUGAGUUGAUACUAUCGCCAAAAAAACAUCUGGUUUGCUUUGCUACUGUCAAAGGAGAUUGUUUAGUGACAAAAAACGGUGCAUCGUAUGCUGGGAUUAAGGAGUGUCUACUCAGUGAACGAAUGGUUGAUAAAGACGAACCAACUGAAACUCAAAUUAUAGACUCUGCAGUCCCCGACCCUGAUACUGAUAGUGGAAUGGAAUCUUCAGCAUCUAGCUGGGAUAGAUCAGUUAAUGAAGUAAAAGAACAUGCAUUUGCAAGGCUUGAGGAAGAAUUAAAAAAAGCCAAUGAAACAUUAAAACUUAGAGAUGAAGAAGUAUCACGUUUAAGUAGAAUACGUGCUGAUGUUGAAUCAGAAUUAGAAGAAUUGACUGCUAGUCUAUUUCAAGAAGCUCAUAAUAUGGUAAAAGAAGCAAAUUUACGCCAGGCAGCUGCAACAAGAGCAUUAAAAGAAUCUUCAAUGAAAGUUGAUGUUUUAUCUGCAGAAGUGGCAGCAUUAAAAACUCUAGUACUAACUUCUACACCAAGUCAUCCUAAUUUAUCAAGAGAAGACAGUAUCUCGAUGCCAGGAGGACUAAGUGGAGUUGGACUAUUUUAUCGUAAACAUAAGAGAUCUCCUUCGCACAAUAACCUAAAGUACGGCCGAGAAAAUUCUCCUCCGGAUUCACCGCUAAAGCAAAAGUCUAACCAAGCAGUAACAGACCCAGAAACUUUAGAUAUAUCUAAUAGUGCUGAGAUUGAUCCAAAUGUGCAUCGUGAAUUUGUGCAUUGGAUGAAAUCUCCUACUUUAGAUAAAUCUGAUGCCUUCAUAAGUAGAAUAUACAGAGAAGAUAUCGAUCAAUGUCUAGAAUUUAAUAAUUCAACGUUGGCAAUGGAUGUUAGAAAUGCAAUAGAAUCUGGGAAUCUUUUUAUUGAGUCUAUGGACAAGUCAAAAUCUCAUUUUCCAAAAAAAUGUGCUCUAAUGGAAUUGCCAUUGCUAUGUCUCUAUAGAAUGAAUUUAGGUGGAUCAGAUAGCGAAUGCUAUUGUAUAUCACAAAUUUGUCGAAAUAGAAUUACUGCUGUAUGUGAUUUCCUCAACUAUCUCAGAUACAUUCAAAGAGGCUUGGUCAAAAGUUUAGAAAACGAUAUGUACUGGGAAAUCGUAAGACUGCGAAAACAAAUGAUGUUGGCUAAGUUGGGUCUAGCUUUGACGUCAUAGUAUUUUUAAUAUAAGCAAUUAAAAAAAAAAAAAAUGUGCUGGUUUAAAAAAAAAAACCAAA